GCCUCUAGCAGGACCUGGCUGCGCGUGGCGGCCGGGGGGAGACCGGACUGGGCUUCCUAGUGGUCUGAGGUGGCUUGCAUGCUGGCUGUGUCCUAGCUGGACUUCCCGUGCCUGGGAAAACCUGGCCCAGCCCACGGUUAGGUACCGCUUGGAAUAGGUCCCUGGGGGUGGGUGGUGAUCAGGAGGUUCUGGGACUGGAGAAAAAGGGCUUUGCCCAGGAACACAGCCCGGAGGAGUCCCCGGCUCUCUCUGGUCCAGCCUGGAGUUGAGUGCCUUUGAGACCGAGUGGGGUUUGAGACUACCGGUGCUCAGGAGCCGGCAGCCCUCAUCCUACCCGCUAGCCCUGCCCAUCUCAGCCCCAUGCCCCCGCCAGUCAGCCCCGGACCACAGGCAGUAAACGGCAGGCACGUGGGAGCCGAGGCCCUGUGACCAGGCCAAGGAGGCAGGAGUUCCACGGUCGGCCACCUGCCCCCCAUGGAGCUGAGGCCCUGGUUGCUAUGGGUGGUAGCAGCAGCAGGAGUCUUGGUCCUGCUGGCCACUGAUGCCCGUGGCCAGAAGAUCUUCACCAACACGUGGGCUGUGCACAUCCCUGGAGGCCCAGCCGUGGCUGAUAGUAUAGCACGGAAGCAUGGGUUCCACAACCUGGGCCAGAUCUUCGGCGACUAUUACCACUUCUGGCAUCGAGCAGUGACAAAGCGGUCCCUGUCGCCUCACCACCCUCGGCACAGCCGUCUCCAGAGGGAGCCUCAAGUACAGUGGCUGGAGCAGCAGGUGGCAAAGCGACGGACCAAACGGGACGUGUAUCAGGAGCCCACGGACCCCAAGUUUCCCCAGCAGUGGUACCUGGUACGGCACUGCCUGUGGCCCUGCUCCUUGCCCUGGUCCUCCUCGUCUGGUGUCACUCAGCGGGACCUGAAUGUGAAGGAGGCCUGGGCCCAGGGCUAUACGGGGCGUGGCAUUGUGGUCUCCAUCCUGGACGAUGGCAUCGAGAAGAACCACCCGGACUUGGCAGGCAACUAUGAUCCUGGGGCCAGUUUUGAUGUCAAUGACCAAGAUCCGGACCCCCAGCCUCGGUACACACAGAUGAAUGACAAUAGACAUGGCACACGGUGCGCUGGCGAAGUGGCUGCUGUGGCCAACAAUGGUGUCUGUGGCGUGGGUGUGGCCUACAACGCCCGCAUUGGAGGGGUGCGCAUGCUGGAUGGCGAGGUGACAGAUGCAGUGGAGGCGCGCUCACUGGGCCUGAACCCCAACCACAUCCACAUCUACAGUGCCAGCUGGGGCCCCGAGGAUGACGGCAAGACAGUGGACGGGCCGGCCCGCCUGGCUGAGGAGGCCUUCUUCCGGGGGGUGAGCCAGGGCCGCGGGGGACUGGGCUCCAUCUUUGUCUGGGCCUCAGGGAACGGGGGCCGGGAACAUGACAGCUGCAACUGUGACGGCUACACCAACAGCAUCUACACGCUGUCCAUCAGCAGCGCCACACAGUUCGGCAACGUGCCCUGGUACAGCGAGGCCUGCUCGUCCACGCUGGCCACCACCUACAGCAGUGGCAACCAGAACGAGAAGCAGAUCGUCACUACUGACUUGCGGCAGAAGUGCACGGAGUCUCACACGGGCACCUCGGCCUCUGCCCCCUUGGCAGCCGGCAUCAUUGCUCUCACCCUGGAAGCCAAUAAGAACCUCACCUGGCGGGACAUGCAGCACCUGGUGGUCCGGACCUCAAAGCCAGCGCAUCUCAACGCCAAUGACUGGGCCACCAAUGGUGUAGGCCGCAAAGUGAGCCACUCCUACGGCUACGGGCUGUUGGAUGCAGGUGCCAUGGUGGCCCUGGCCCAGAACUGGACCACAGUUGCCCCCCAGCGGAAGUGCAUUAUCGACAUCCUCACUGAGCCCAGGGACAUUGGCAAGCGGCUGGAGGUGCGCAAGGCGGUGACUGCGUGCCUGGGCGAGCCCACCCACAUCACCCGGCUGGAGCACGCUCAGGCCCGGCUCACCCUGUCCUACAACCGCCGUGGCGACCUGGCCAUCCACCUGGUCAGCCCCAUGGGCACCCGCUCCACCCUUCUGGCCGCCAGGCCACACGACUACUCUGCAGAUGGGUUUAAUGACUGGGCCUUCAUGACAACCCAUUCUUGGGAUGAGGACCCGGCUGGCGAGUGGGUCCUGGAGGUUGAAAACACCAGCGAAGCCAACAACUAUGGGACGCUGACCAAGUUCACUCUCAUACUCUACGGCACAGCCCCUGAAGGGCUUCCCACACCUCCCGAGAGCAGCGGCUGCAAGACCCUCACGUCCAGCCAGGCCUGCGUGGUGUGCGAAGAAGGUUUCUCCUUGCACCAGAAAACCUGUGUCCAGCGCUGCCCACCAGGCUUCACGCCCGAAGUCCUUGAUACCCACUACAGCACUGAGAACGAUGUUGAGACCAUCCGGGCCAGUGUCUGUGCUCCCUGCCAUGCCUCCUGUGCCACGUGCCAGGGCCCAGCCCCCACAGACUGCCUCAGCUGCCCCAGCCAUGCCUCCCUGGACCCUGUGGAGCAGACCUGCUCCCGGCAGAGCCAGAGCAGCCGAGAGUCCCCUCCACAGCAGCCACCGCAGCCCCCGGGGCUAACCCCAGAAGUGGAGGCUGAGCCGAGGCCUGCAGCUGGCCUGCUGCCCUCCCACCUGCCCGAGGUGGUAGCUGGCCUCAGCUGCGCCUUCAUCGUGCUGGUCUUUGUCACCGUCUUCCUGGUCCUGCAGCUGCGCUCGGGCUUCAGCUUCCGGGGUGUGAAGGUGUACACCAUGGACCGCGGCCUCAUCUCCUACAGGGGGCUGCCCCCUGAGGCCUGGCAGGAGGAAUGCCCGUCCGACUCAGAGGAGGACGAGGGCCGGGGCGAGAGGACCGCCUUUAUCAGAGACCAGAGCGCCCUUUGACGAGCCCGCCACGAGCCCCCUCAAGCCCAUCCCCUCCUUGGGCACUUUUUAAUUCACCAAAGUAUUUUUUUAUCUUGGGACUGGGCUUGGACCCCAUCUGGGAGGCAAAAGGGGCAGAGACUGCUUCUCACCCACCUUUGGGCCCACCUGGCUGCUGAGCUGGGCCCAGGUCAGCUGGGGGUAGGGUGGGAGGGCCUGUCCUUACCCCUCAGCCUCAUGGGAGGACGGAGCCACACCUGUGGGGUAGCUGUCAGGGGCAGCUGGCUGAGGCUGAGGCCUGCUGAGUUCUGUGGAGGGAAGGGGCAGCCCCUCUGGGUCCUAUGCCUGGCUGCAGCUCCUGCCCCUCCUCUCCCUCUAAAGCAAUAAUGGUCCCCAUCCAGGCAGCAGGGAGGCUGACCUAAGAGAGAUUUGUAGAAGGUGGCCACUUCUCCAAGGGCUUUUGCGUCCCUGACACUGUCCCGCACCUCUGGUGACCCUCAGCAGAAGUGGCGAUUAUAGGAACGGACCAAGGCAGGCAGGUGCUUCUAGAUGUGCACCAGUGGCGGGCGUCCCAUCCCUCAACCUGCUUCUGUGCCCCAGCCUCCGCUGGGCCAGGCCCUGCUAGGCAGGCCCGAGAUGGUGUCGCGACUGCCCUGUCCUCUCCAGCACCCUCCCUUCUUCCAGGGCCCAAGCCCCUGUUUUCUGAGCCCCGGGCUGCCUGGGCUGUUGGCACUCACAGUCCCGGAGCCCCUGGGUGGGUGGUGGGGAGGGACAGUGGCCAGGCUGGCCCCUCCCGCCUCCCACCCAAUGCUGCUUUCCCCUGUGGGGAUCUCAGGAGCUGUUUGAGGAUAUAUUUUCACUUUGUGAUUAUUUCACUUUAGAUGCUGAUUUUUUUUUUUUUUUGUAUUUGUAAUGGGGGUAGCAGCUGGACCACUGACCCUCUCACCCCCACUGCCCACCCCGCUCUCCCCUGGCUGCCCUGCCCUGCGGCGGAGGGGGCUGCAGUGUGCUGCUGAGGCGUGAGGAGUAGCUGAGCCCCUAGUCCUGAAGGGCCAGGCCAGCGGGUGGGCUCCAGGAAAGAGGGUCACGGUAGGAGGGGCAGGUGGACAUCUGUUUCAAACAGGGCUUAUGGCCAGGGCUUGUGGGUCACCAGUUCUACAAGUCCAGGGGUGGCAUCAAGCCCCCUCCAACACUGCCCUGACGGAGAGAGCACUGACCUGCCAUGCCUCCCAAACCCUUCUUCUGACGUGCCUUUUGCACCCUUCCCGUUAGGACAAUCAGUCCCCUCUCCCCCAGGAGACCCCUUUUAUUUUUCUCCCCAGUCCUUCGGGUCCCUGGCCACCGGCCCAGGGGUGCCCCCUCCUCUUCCAUGCCCGCUCUGUGGCCAGCCCGGCUGUUUUUGUAAGAUACUGGGUUGGUGCAGAGUGAUUUUUUUUCCUUGUAAUUUAAACAGGCCCAGCAUUGUUGGUUCUAUUUAAUGGACACGAGAUAAUGUUAGAGGUUUUAAAGUGAUUAAACGUGCAGACUAUGCAAACCAG